UUUAAUGGUGAAUUUCACAUGCAAGUAAUUUGAAUUGGCAAGAAAUUGUUAAAUAUGAAGCUUGUUUAUUUUUUCGUAGGAGGAACACCCGGGACAUUUACUUGUGAAGACUGCGGAAGAAAAUAUAAAUACAAAUACAACCUGAACCAACACAAGAGGAAUGAAUGUGGAAUGGAACCUAGGUUUCCAUGUAUAUACUGUGAAUUCCGAAGUUACGGUAUCAAACCGUUCUCCUGUGACGAGUGUGGACGCAGCUACAAGUACAGACGGAACCUGGUACAGCACAAACGUAUCGAGUGUGGCAAAGAGGCGAGCCUAUGCUGUCCGAUAUGCCCAUAUAAGACAAACGUCAAGAGCAACUUGAAGGCUCACUACGCUACCCGUCACUCGGAACAACUCGUCGGCAAAAUAAUAUCUGACAAACAUUUUUCUUUCUAGUAAAAUUUAUUUUCUAAAGUGGUUGACUCAGUUUAUUUCCUUCAGUUUGUUUUGUUUGUUCUAAGAAAUGAAUGGUCAGUCGUAGGUAGC